CUCGCGCGAGAAGACAGCUGCUGAGGCUGUUACCGUCGUAGAGAGAUUCACAUUCACUCGGACUGCUAUGUGAGGGACUCACUGAGAUGGAGACCUUCAUCCAUCUUUACCUCAAUCUGACCGAUCUUGGGAUCCAGGCCAAGAUGUGACCGUCACGACGCGUCAUAGUUUGGAUCCUUCCAGCCUUUACAACACUUGUUUCUAUAGCAACAGAAGUAUCAUAGCAUCCUAAGAAACCCUGUUUCCAGGAUGCAAUCCUCCUCUCAGCCUCCAAAGCCGCGCCGCUUUGACAGCAGCAGACGGACCAAUACUUCAGCUGGACCAAAGUCUAGUGGCGCCGGUUUUCAAAGGGAGGAUAAAAACAUGAACACAAUCACUACGUCCUCCCCUCGCCGGGCUACGAAAGGCCCCACUGCAGCCACCAGGUCCAGGGUGGGGGUGCAGCCUCGAGCUCCGGUAAGCCAGUCCAGGUUUAGCGCUCAAAAAGCAGGUUCCGCCGUCUCCAAAACAGUUAAACCCAAACCAAGGAGUUCUCACGCAUCUGCAGCGAACAAAAUUGCGGCUGCAGCAGCCCCUCCUCCCCUCCCCUCCGUUCUUCCUCUCGACCCGAACUGCAACGAACCGAGCCUCCCGUGUCUAUGCUGCGACGGGCGCUCACCACAGGAUAACAACAGCAUGUUCAACCACAAUCACAACAACAACAACACCAUCUCUAUCAGACAGCAACUGCAGCUACCACCUCCUCCACCACCCCAAUUGCCCCAGAGGCAUGAUGGGAUGGGAGCCAAGGAGCAGUCGCAGCCUGCCUCAGAAGCACACGCCAAGAAGGAGCCCUCUGCCUGCCCUGCUGCCAGUCUGGAAUGCAAAAACACAGAUGAAUGCGGCAAUCUUGAUAACAAGAAGCAUUUGAAAGUGGAGGAAGAGGAAGACGAGGAAGAAAGCAGCGGGGAUAUUGACAUUGACGAUGAUGACAAUGAUGAUGACGAUGAUGAUGAUGACACCCUGGUACCAUCAUGCUGUGACUGUCCUCCCUCCCUCCUAGAGUUCUCGCUCUCCUCCUCUACCUCAUCGUCUUCUACUUCCAUCAGUUCCUGCUCUGAUCUGGAGUCUGACUGUGCGGAUCAAUCAGCCUCCAUCUGCUCCUCUCACGACCAAGAUGAUUUAUCCAUCGCUCUGUCCCCUAAAAGCCAGUCUCCUGAUUGCCAGCCCCCUGCACGCUCACCCCCAUCCCUCCCUCUUAGCCGCAACCCCUUCUCCUUAACACCACAUUCCCAGAACUCCCCCUGCUCCCCGGAUGAGGGCUACCCCUCCGCUCUCGACUCCCCCUCUCCUGACUAUCUAGGUGUCAAGGGUGAUUCUGAGGUAGUAAAACUCGGCCUGCUUGACUUUCUUGAGUCAGUUGGGGAGUUUGGGAAAAUGGAGCGCUUCAGCCAGGUAAUCCAAGUGGCUCGCUGGGAUCUGGAAGGGGAGCAACACUGGGAUGUUCUAAGGGAUCGGCUUGAUCACCUGGAUUGCUUAGAGAAGGUGAACAGGGAGAUCAAACUGGUCUACAUCGCUAGGCUCCAUGAAAAAGGGUUUGAUCUUGGAGAUCUGGAAGAGCAGGAUCUCUCAGAUGUCAUGGAUGAAAUGGGAAACAUCGACAUUCCCUGGAAACUGUAUAAAAAUCGAGGAGGAAUGAUGGGAGAGUCUCAGGAGUUUUCAGACGCAGGAGUCGACCUAACUGCUCCAUCAGAUUGUGACGAUCCUCUUGCUCCAGAUUCCCUCACCCCCUCCCCAGUUGAGCCACCACCCAGACCCCCCAAACCCCCUGUGCGUCAUGCCAGCGUGAGCUCUGACCUGCACACCUACAUCAAUAUCAGCAGGGAGACCACCUCCAUGGCCGUCUCCACCUCCCCUACUAUGACUACCUUCUCCCCUAACUCCUCAUCCCCAACAUUCACCACUUUUAGGUGUGAGAAACCCCUACCCCCAUCUCCACCCUCCAUUCCUCCACUCCCUGCCUCCAAACCAGUCCCUUACCUCACCCUCUACACCACUCCUUCCCCACCUCCAGCUGUCCCCACCCCAACUCCUCCGAUUCCUCCCCCUCGGAAACGCCACCUUGCUCGGAAGGAGGCCCAGCGCCUUGCUGCUCUUCAAGCUGAACAGGAAAAGACCCCCCUCUCCCUUCCUCCUCCUACUACACGACCCCCACCUCUGCCUCCUCCACCUGUGAUCUCAGUGUCUUCCUCAUCUCCCCCUGCCAUACCACCUCCACCCACCCUGCCGCCUCCUCCGUCCUUCCACGCACUGGAUGUAGAGAUUCGUAAGCUGCUAAUGCUCGCUGGGUUGACCCAAGCUGAGCUCCUUAAACUCAGCCCUGAGCUUGGAGUUUGUGUUGGAGGGUUGGAGGAUGAGGUAGAUGGAGGUGAUGCUGAGCUGCAUGAGUUUAGACUAAAAGGAAGGGAAGAGGAGGGGAAGCACUCAGAGAUCAUAGCCAGAGAUGCAUGGAGCAGUAGAGGCAAGCUGUGUGAAGAUGGAAGAGGAGAUGAAGCCGAAGAAGGCAGGAAGAAAGAGGAAAACAAGGACACACAAAGAACCACAUCAUUUACUGAGAUGGCAAGGAGGAGGAAGCGGAACCAUGGUCUGAGCUCUGACCAUUACUACAGCACCAACCUUAGCAAUACACAUGAAACAAAGGCAAAGAACAUGGACUAUGGGUUAUUCCAGUAUCCUACUGUCUUUCCAGAUUCACCUCCACCUCCCCCUCCUCCUCGUCCCUUACCGCCAAUACCCCCCUCUCAGCCACCCCCCAAAGUCAGCACUCUCCCUGCCAAUUCUGCACAACCUGAGAAAUUUGAUUGGCUCAUAGCUUUCACACCCGAAUGUGAAGGCCCACCUCAGUCUCGUAUUUUGGACAUGAAAAAAUCUCAUAUGGAAGCUCCAAAGAAGCUCCAGUCAUCUCCUCCCAAAACCACAACCUUUAAAGAGCUGCGCCGUAACAAGAGCGCCUCCCCACCAACAAAAGUGAUCACUGACCCCGAACCCGACCCAACAGUUAUAACGCCAGACCCAGAUAUACUCUACAACCUGAGGUGGAGGAGAGAGAAGGAGGGCAGCGAUGGUCAGCAGUGGGAGUACACCUCUCAGGCUCAGGCCUUCUUCAUGCAGCCGCCACCGGCUCUCACCUCCAUGGCCGCUCUGAAGGAGAUGCUCCAGAGGGCGGACAAGGAGGGGGGACGACUGGAGCUGUGCCCGUCUCAGAAGAUCGGAUCCUCCAUUAGUGACAGCAGCCUGUGGACCAUGGGCAAAGAGUGGGAGUGUGAGCAAGUUAAAAGUGAGGAAAAGGAACAAAAAGAGGAGAAAGAGGAGAGGAAGGUGAUGGUGGAGGUGAGAGGACGAGCCGAUGGAGGACGGACAUUCGAGUCAAGAACGUCCGUUUCCUCCCCCCCGCUGUCCCUCGCCCAGUCCUCCCAACCCUACUUCCUCCACGCUGCCCUCCCUCCCUUUCGUCCUGGCUACUGUAACUCCCAGCCCUUUGCAGAUCCCAGACCCAGCAGCCAUGCAGGCGGGGAGUCCACAGACAAACACUGCAGCACUCAGCAGGGCCCGGCUGACAGCUCGGCUUGUGUCCACAGAGAUGUUUCCAGCUCUGAUAUAAGCUCUGGGUUUAACUAUGAAUCCCUGGCUGAUUUUGGCGUAGACUCCCCUCAAGAUGAUGGAGAUUUCUUUAACACUUACAAGGAUUUGGAGUCUGACUCCAUCUGUAAUUUUGACUCUCUCUACUGCAGUGAAUCUGACUCUCACACUAAGUCAGACACAAAUGAUAGUGGUACCACAGACGCUCCAGGUUGCACUACCCCAUAUAAGAACAUUGAUGUCAUGAUGACAUAUUCAAACAGCAUCAGCGCUAUGGAUUCACUGCAUUCAGGCAAACACUCACACCCAGAUAAGGAAAGAACAUCUAAAGAGCUCCCUCCUCUCCCCACAUAUUACCUCUACCACCCUAAAAACUGCCCUCUACACAGGGGUGCUCCGCCCCGACUCUCCCCUAUCGGAGCCCUCUCCCCUCCUGUUCGCUCUGGAGCACCCCCUCCAGGCACAGCUGGCUCCACCCUCAGCUCACCGCUUUUCCCUCGCUCUCAUACCCUACCUGCCCUCGCUGCUCCCCUCUACUAUCCAAACCUCUACCCUCCUAUCCCGCCGCGGGCGCCCCCCUUACCCCCAAAACUCUACCAGGCUCCUCCACAGUCACGUGUGGCGACCGUUCGCAGCGUGUCAUUCGCUGGCUCCGUACAGAAGACAGGGACUUCCUGGAUGGGCGAAGAUGUGAAGCUUCCAAUGAGAGGUCUGGGCCUGUCCUCUCUGUUCCUGCAGGAGAAAAAAGCACUGGUCAGUGCAGUCAGUGUGGCAGUGGAAGCCAUCUUGGCCCAGUUCAGCUCUUCUCGGACAGUCGUUCAGAAGGCCUUAUCAGGAGACAGCACUAUAAAUCCAUCUCUGGGCCGCCUGGUGCUGCAGUGCCUCUGCCCUGCCCUGCACAGCCUGCUGACUGAUGGCUUGAAACCCCACCAGAGUGACCUGAUUGCAGGCAGGAGGCCAAACUCUGCCUGGGGUCUGGUCCAGGCCUCCACACGACCAGGUCCAAAAACACAAGCCCUGUUCAACCUUCAAGUUCGAGUUGGAGAGCUGCCGCAGCUCAGACAAAGCAAACACAGGUUCAACGCUUUCCUGCUCGGCCUCCUGAAUACCAAGCGUCUUGAUUUCUGGCUGUCUCACCUUCAGUCCUGCAGUGAUGUGCUGGAAACAUACUACCACCCCACCUCUUUCAUGCGUCUGUCGCUGACGGCCUGUCAGCCUCUGUUCGAGGAGCUGCUCCUUGUUCUGCAGCCUCUCAGCCUGCUGACCUUCAACCUGGACCUGCUCUUCCAGCAUCACCAUCUGGAGCAUGACAACCACAGACCGGAUAUCCACAGCCCUCCUUCACCACCUCAGGAUGCAGCAUCAAGAGAGAGUUCACAGUCCAAAACCACAGGAUGCAGAUAUAUUGAAACUCUUUCAGAAGUUGACUUCUCGAGCCCAGAGCAUCAGGCCACCAAAGAAAAAGCAUCACCUGUGGUCAGUCCAAAGAAUGGAGCGUCACAGAGCAGCACUCCACCCAUAAAAGCUUCUACAUCACUUGCAGAGACAAGUCCUCAGCUGAUGUGGGUGCAGGAGAAGGAGAUUGGGGCGUUACCUCCACCUGAAGAUGAAGAGGACAGCCUGGCUCAGCAGGCCGGACAGGUGAUCCAGCAGGGGUGGGGGGCUGUGAUGCGUUUGGGAGGCAGACUGAGCAAGAACCUGGCUGAGCUGAGCCUGAAAAAGGAUGAGAUGAAGACAGAUCUCUCAGGUCUGCAGAUCCAGACAGGGAGCGACUUUGCUCCGGUCGGUAGUGGUGCUCAGGUUCCCUGGCAUCUGGGACGACUGUUUGGAGCCUCAAAAGGCCCCAACAGCCCAACAGGACAGACACCACCAACCAGGCGUCCCUCUCAGUGGCUGGCUCCUGGUGUCACCGCUUUGACCCGCAUGGUGAGCAGCAACUCCACCCCAGUCUUAAGGAGGGCAGCAGAGCUGCAAGGAGAGAGUGAGCCAGAGCCAGAGAAGGAGGUGGACACGCUGGAGAUGAAGGACAAACCAAGACCACUCAGGUCAGUGCGAACGCUGUGCGACCACGCCGGAACGGGAUCAGAGCUCAGCUUUAGCAAAGGGGAGGAACUGGUGGUGUUAGGAGGAGUCGAUCAAGACUGGAUCCGCUGUCGUCAGGGAGACAAAGAGGGGCUGGUAGCUAUUGGCUACACCUCUCUCAUCAUGUGACUUCAGCACCUAAACUGCUGCACUCAGACAAUAAAAAUAAAUAAAUAAAUAAUUAUAUAUAUAUUUAAGGCGGGUUUUCAGGCGAGGUUUUGGUGAGGUUCCACUACUCUAAAAGGGAUAUUUCACACUAUCUCAGUCUAAGUUUGACUUGAGAGCAAAACACCAUCUGCUCUACUCCGCAGCUCGUCUCCCUGUAUGAACAUAUGGGAGCUUUUCCUCCCAUCACAAUCCAUCCAGUUUGGUAGCAUUAAACUAAUGGAUUUUAACAGCAGGAAUGCAGCAGAUGGUGUGAAAUAAUGACUCAAGUCAAACUUGGAUCAUUUCACACUGGAAGACCUUUGAUCUCAGAGUGAAGUAUCCCUUUUAAAAUGUCCUUUUUCCUCCGUAUCAUCCUCUCUUGUCAGCCACUGAUCUGAAAACGAUCACAGGGGAAAAACUCUGUGCAAUCAACCACAAGCAGAUUCAAGUGCUGUCAGAUCAGCAGCUGCCUGUUGUGAGGAGGCGACGGCCUGGAAGCAGCCACUUUAAUAUCUCUCGCUGCCAGCUGAAGGGAGUUGUGGCUCGCAGGUUGUCGGGUGGAGGAGGCAUGCUGGAGUACUGGGCCAUAGCUCCUGUUGCAUACUGCGUAGUGAUGUAGUGAAUUGUAGCUGUGUAGAUCCGUGUCCUGUUGACCUCUCACCUUUAUCGCCUGGUUUAUGUGUGUUUGUUUCUGCUACUAUAUUUGACUGUAUAAAUAUACAUAAAAAUAUAUAUAUAAUAUUUAAAAUGAGAUUGAUAUUACCAAGAUAGAUAGAAAGAUAGAUGAACAAGAGAAAUCAGGUAGUAAAACCCAAACAACAGCCUGGAUGUAGGCGAUUAAAAAUAAAUGGUUUAUUUCUUUAUCUGUUAUCAGUAACUUAAAGCUCCUGUGAGGAGUUUUUAGCCAUGUAUGAAAUAGACUGAAUUAAACACUUAUGCUUCCAUAUGAGCAAGACCAUCUUUGACCAAUAGAUUCUCUCUUAAAAACUGAAACAGCUGUAGCGGGGUAGGUGUCAGAUGUAGUUAUUAAAUGAAACAGCCUUUCUCACAAUUUUCAGAGAUAUGACUGCUUAAAGAAAAAUGAUUUAGUUCUUGUCAGUAAAAACUUAGAAAUCCUUGAGAGUGAAGAGAUAAGAGGUACUCCUUUGUCCACAAGGUGGCGCCAAAGCAUUGCAAACUAAAAUUUCCCACAGGAGCUUUAAUACUAAAGUGGGUUUCAUACAUGCAAAAGAAGUUAAAUGUGUUUGUUUAAAGUAUGAAAUCCAAUAUCUUCCCUCUUGUGCGCUUUAUGUAUUGCCAUUAUCUUGACAUCAUAUUCAUAAAAUUAUUAGAUUUAGCCUCAUACCUUUAUGCAUUGUAAUGUGCCAUGAAUGCUUUGAAUGAAUGCCAUAUAUCUAUAAUUCCCACUCUGUUAUAAAAAGUCAAUAUCAGACAACAGCAACCUGUAGCUAAUCUCUCAACUCAUCCAUAACCUUACGGGGCCAGUGUGUGUUGAGGAAAGUGUCACAAAAAUACUCUUUUUCAAACACCUAAGUUAAACGCAGUGAGAAAUCCCCCGAUGUCUGUCAUUCAUAAAUGCUUCUGUAAAGUCUGUAAGUUUGGUGGCUGGUCAUCACCUUGUACCUCAGCUUCUGUAUUUAACUCCCGCCAUGUUUGCUCAUCAUAAUCAUUGAUAUUGAUGAUAGUGGUAGUACAAGUGGUUGUGGUGUUAAGUGAUAUGUUGAUUUAAAUGUUGCUCAUAUGAAACACAUUGCUUUAUGUCAUAUAUUUAUUUGUUACUCUCAGUAUUAUGUAUUGAUAACUAUGCAUAUGGUGAAAUGUACAACUAAAAGCCUUUUUUUUUGUUUUACAGUUAUGGUUUUGGUAAUAUGUUUACAUGCAAGUUGACACCUAGGGCCUAAAAAAAGUUGCUAAAAGUUGAAACAAAUACCCCGACUCUAAGGUUGCCAUUUUAAAGUCUGUGUAAAGCAAAAUCAGGUUUCAAAAUGUACUGUAUAUGUUGCACAAAAGUUGCUGUAAAUGUGAUAUGACUGUAUCAUGGAUUUGAAGAUUUAUUUUGGAGGUGUUGUGUUUUUGGAAAGGACAGGACAGUGGAUUGAUGAGCUUCUGUACACAGGGCUGAGCCAUAAGGCCAUCUGCUACCCCUCUAUUAGGGAUUGUGAUUAUCAGAAAGUUCUUGAUCACUUUUAGGUUCAUUGUUGGAGCCUUAUUGGAGGAAUGAUGAAGAACUGGGGUACCUAACACCUUGUCCAACUACACACAAACGAGAGACAAAAUCUGCUUGAUUGCACUGAUUCCCAUUGUAGUAUCCUGACAACAUGCAAGCAAUGCAGCCUAACAUUUAUCCCCAUUGCACUGUUCCUCGUUGCUUCUCUGUUGCCCACGUUGAGAUGGGCCAGGGACAAGGAAAGAGGUGGAUGACAAGACAUCAGGAGUGUUGGAAUAUUUCCUUGAUGUUCUGGAACUUUGGUGACUUUUCAGGGACUUUAAAUCCUCAUUUUUGAUUAUUGAUUGCCGCUAGCUUGAAUGCUAACGGUCAUAGUGUUUUCUUAGCAUGCUUUGUGAGGGGCUGCUAAUCAAUAACAGGCUGUUCCAUCACCACAUCAUGCUCUGUCAAACUGCACAUGCUUAAAGAUCACUAUGGGGAUGGCCUGAAUAGUGCAAAAUGGAGAGAAAGAGAGAUAGAGAGCCUGUGAUGUGACCUUCUGUGUUAUUGUUGUUUAAUAUUUAGCCGUAACUCACAAUAAUCAGCAGGAAAAACAACUGUGUCACAGAGAGGCUUUACAUUACGAUCCUAUGUGUUGAGCCAUUUUCUGAGUUCACUCUAGGGCUAAAAUAACAACAUAGAGGAAAAACUUUCAGCUCAAAGCUGCCAAAGGCUCAUCAGUAGAAAGCACCACUCUUCCAUUUGUCAGAUGGGAUAUUUUUCACAAGAAGAAACUGAAAUUUACUGGGGGAGAGAAUUAAAUAUUUACCAUGUGAUGCUGUGCGAUGCAAUGUGACGUGUGAUACUUGCGUGCAGUUCGGACUGUUCGAGGAAAUCUAGCCUCCUUAGGUAUAACUAUUAAAAUUCUAGCUAUCUCACAUCAUUGUGAGUUCCUAAAAUUUUGAGCAGUACAGUCUACAGCAUUGUUAGCCAGCUAUUCCUUCAUUCUGCAAAAGCAUCCUCCCCAGAUGCCAGAUUUUGAAGUUUUGAGAGGCUCUUCUUAAACACGAGGGAGCAUGAUUUCUGUGCAUUCAAUGGACACAGCACACCAGAGCUGGUAAUACUGGAGGUUUCCAUGAUUUAGAAACUUAAUUCUAUGUAUUCAGUAAUUUUUUCAUCACUACAAUUACCUUAUAUAUUAAAACAGACUUUAAAUCCAUAUUUUGUAUUGUUUACACAGAUUUUAAAGACCUUAAAAAUAAAUACGUCAGGGGGAAGCUCUUCAAAGUUGCUGAAAUGUAAUAUAAUUGUGUUAGGGCCAUGUAGCAUGACAAUCCUGUCAUUAUGGCAACUGUAGGGUAGCAUUUAAUUAAAUCAGUCCUCAUAUUAUGUUAUCAUAAUUAGAAUAGAUGCCAUCAAAUUGAUAGGUGUUUACAAUAUUGUCCAAACAAUACAAUAUUAGUUACCAAAAAUAUCUAUUUUUGUUUAUGUUUUUUCAAGUGACGUUCCAAUCUAAAUGCGUUUUAUUUAUUGGAUGCACUAUUUAUUGAUCUUGAGGUCUCUGAAAGGAACAGCUCUAUCUGACCCAUCUAGUGUCUCUCUAUCUAUCUGGGUUCAUUAUAUAUGUAAGUAGGUGCGUGUGUGGGCAUGUGCGUGUGAGCUUGGUGGUGUAAUCGGCAGUGAAAGCAGAGAUGAGUGUGAGCACAUCUGUGUGUCUGCACAUCCUGCACUUUCACCUAGGUAUGUGUGUAAGUGUUACAAUGAGUUCUGUACCUUCCUCCCUUUCCUCCUCUCUUUCUCUCUCUGGUGUCAUGUAGCUUGUAGACAUCCCCCUGUGUCCCACUAUUGCAUAGAGUUCAGUGCCCCUAUAGUGUCAGUCACUGUCCUCCUGCAUGUGCUUGUUUGUAAAUACACCAAAUAAAAGAAUCAGUAUAAAUCAAACCUGUGCUGCCU